GUGCGGAAAGGAGGAUGUCAGCAAGGAGGGAAGAAUGCGGCUAUGGAAAUCAAAUGUUAUCAAUGCAUGUCAUCGAUUGGAUCAGUCGGUUUGCCGAAAUCAUGCAACGUGGACAAUUUCUGCACUGGAUUGUGGUGCACCAAAGGACCUGACGCAAACUGGGCUCAGCCCCUACCACCACCCCUUCGAGGUGCAAUAUUUCGAAACACUAUAAGUGUAAAUGCCAUUCACUAUGGAAAUUUGAACAGCACUACGUUGCAAGUAGGUUGGGCUGCGAGCGUUCCGUUUGCUAUCAGUCUAUCAGCCGUUCCAAUAAUUGAAAUAGCCCUAAAAAUUGGAGCAGCUCCUCCAAAUUCCAAGUUGUGGCUAAUGGCCCGAUACCAGCUUGGGUAUUUUUUGGUGCUGAAGAAACCAGAAAGCUUCGGCAGCAACACUGGGUGA